AUGGAGAAGGAGCAGUGGCAAGGCAUGGUGGAGGCCACUCUGCCGUCGACGCCAGCCUCCGCGGCGUGGCCGCACAUCGCCAGCUUCUGCGCGCUGCACCGGUACCUCCCGAGCAUCGACGUGUGCGAGCUCGCGGAGGGGGAGGACGGCCGGCCCGGGUGCGUCCGCUACGUGGCCUCGCUCGCGCCGGGCACCACCACCGGGGAGGUCGGCAUCUGGGCGCGGGAGAAGUUGCUGGAGAUCGACCACGACGCCCGCCGGCUCGCGUACGCCGUCGUCGGCAGCAGCAUGGGGCUCGGCAGCUACGUCGCCACUAUGAGCAUCGUCGUCGGUGACCAGGAGGAGGAGGCAAAGGAGCCGGGGUGCAGGCUGGUCUGGGCGUUCGAGUGCGAGCCCGUGCAGGGGUGGACCCGGGACGGGCUCCUCGGCUACCUCGACGGCGGCGUCAAGGCCAUCGCCGCGCGGAUCGAGGAAGCCCAUGCCGCCGCCAGCGCCAGUGCCGUCGUCGUCGCUGCUUGA